CAAACAUCGGGCAGCCCCCUCACUCUUGCGGGGGGGCCAAGUCGUUGCUGCCCAGGAAGAAGGAUCACACAACCAAAGGAAGAGGCAUAGGCCCAGACGGCCAGCUGAAGUGUCUGAACAAGGGAGAAACACUACUGGCGGCGCACGCGAGGACCCGUCCGCACGACCAGCGAAGGCGCGAGCGACGUAUCCGUUUUGGCAGACACUAACCUUGAAACACCCACCACCACCGGUAUUGGUGAUGCGCUUGGCGCGCUUCGAUUUCACAGACGCCGGCGCCGUGAAGAAUUCCGACGAGGUCGAUUUGGACGACAGCCUGGUACUGAGGUUUGAGGAGCCUGCUUCGCCCAACUACCUGCCGGGGCGUUCGAAGCGCCAUCAAGCACCAGGCGCAAACCUGUGGGCCCGGGAGCCAAAAGUCACCUACCGCUUGCAAUCCCUCGUCCUGCACCGGGGUGAAAGCCCAGACGACGGUCAUUUUUGGGCCAUGGUGAACUACGGGAAGCGGGGCCUUCCCGGAGCUAACGCGACGCACGGAAAGACAACCUGGGUAGUGUAUGACGACUUCGCAUUCUACCGCUGGUCCCGCACCGAUGGAAAUGAGGUCGUGCUAAAUCACCCAGACAUCAAAACCCAGUGCUAUCUGCUGUUCUAUGUUCGCCACGAUCUUGCCGUAAAUUAGAGAAAAUCAUAUCUUCGGCACCAGCUCUAGCUGCACCAGAGAACCGAUGGGCGCCAGGACCUCGAUGUUGUGCUGGUGCGCAAGUGUGGCCGACUUGUUCUCUGGUCGAAAUUGCUGUUAGGAGAUAAGAGCACACAAUGGUCGAAGUGCAUGAGAGCUCGUACUUGUUAAUCUGCUUUUGC